GCUAAUAAAUCUUUUUCUAAAGAGUCAGGCAACUUUUUAAAUAGCCAUUUUGUGCUUGAGAGUACAUUAAAAUUCCUAAUCAGUUUUGCAAACACGUGUAAUCGUUUUGAAGUCUAGUAUUGCAAGGCUAUUUGAAGAGGCAGUUUAAAUAAUUGCUGACCAGCACUUUUGACCUUAUAGCCAUUUAUUUUUGACACUUUGUUUAAAUUGUUAGCAGUGCCUAAUGCAAAUUUAUUAGAAUUUUACAUUUAAAUCCCUAGCUGUUGAAUGGAAUUGACUGGUCAUUAAAAUCAUGUUAAGUCAACAUUGAAAGCUGUAAUAGUUUUAAUAAGAAAUAUUAUUUUAAGAAAUAGGGGUAAACUUGUUAAAUAAUUCAUAAAGGAACAGUAAAAUCAGUGUCCUUUAUUGUAAAACUGGCAGCAGGUUAUUUUAUAGACGUCUCACAAAGGUGUCCCUGGAAACAGUUAAGAUAAACAAGAGUUCAAGAUUUUAAAUGCCUCUUUGUUUUUGAGUCAGUCAGCAGAGCACAUUAUCUAGUUUAUGUCUUGGUUUAGGUGCUCGUUCACUUGCCUCUAGAAUUCUUGUGCUCCAAUCGGUAACAAGGUGCUAAUAUGUUGCGAAGACAUGAGUGGGACUGGACACAGAUGUGGUGGAAUACUGGGCUCUUCCAGUGUGUUUAGUAGAUAUGUUAACGUUUUUCAUUUAUAUACUCUGGUUCUCCUGCAGACGGAUUCUUCUCCUUCUUUGACUCUUGCCCAGCUUUCCAAGACCCCAAACUUGGUGGAUGCAAAUGCAUCUGAGGAGGACAAGAUUAAAGCCAUGAUGACUCAGUCGAUCCAUGAAUACGAUCCUAUCCAUUAUUCCAAAAAGGCGAUUGGACCGCCUCCUGCUAACUAUCUCUGCUAUCGCUGUGAGAAGGCUGGUCACCACAUUCGAAAUUGUCCCAUGGCGUUUCAGGAUAAAAAUUCCGAGGGUCCUAAACCAGUGAAAACCAGUAAGGGCAUACCACAGAGCUUCAUGGUGAAAGUGGAGCCAGGAGCCAAGGGAGCCAUGUUGACCAACACUGGAGAAUAUGCCAUACCAGCUAUAGACGCGGAGGCAUAUGCUCAAGGGAAGAAAGAGCGCCCUCCGUUUGUUCCUCGUGAACAGUCGUCAUCUGACGAUGAUGCAGACCCAAUCCCAGAUGAGCUGCUGUGUCCGAUCUGCAAUGACCUGAUGACUGAUGCUGUGGUUAUACCCUGCUGUGGAAACAGUUACUGUGAUGACUGUAUCAGGACUUUUUUGUUGGACUCAGAGGAGCACAUCUGCUUCACAUGCAAACAGUCGGAUGUGUCGCCUGAUAAUCUCAUUGCCAACAAGUUUCUUCGACAGGCUGUGAACAACUUUAGGAAUGAGACGGGUUACACCAAACGUGGACGCAAGCCCGUGCAGCACGCAGCCCCUCCUCCACCUCGCCCACAGUUAGUCAGGCCUCUGCAUUCGCGACAGCAGGACCCCCUUCUGGCCAAUUUGUCUCACCCUCCAUCAACAAGCCUACCUCCAGCAGCCCCUAAAGCAGAAGUCCCACCGCCUGCACUGUCUGCUGCUACAGCUGCUGCCACGCCUCCUACUCCUGUUGCUCCUGCAACGCCUAGUCCUCCUCAUGCUGCAGCCAUAGAAGAACGACAGGCUUCACCUGCACCAGCACCUGAACCUGAACCUGAACCUGUUGUUGACAGCCAUUCUCCUGAACACUCAAAGAGCCAGAGUGAGCCACCUCCUCCAGGAGAGGCUGAUCUAGAGCCAGCUGUGACUCAAGAAUCUGCAGGAACAUCAAAAAGUACUUCACAGAGUUACAGUUUACCUGUUAUUAGUCACCUACCACUUCCAAGGCCAAGUCAUUCAUCAGGUCACCAACCGAGGCCCAGCCAGCCCCAUAGAGGAGGAAACAGACACUGGUACAGAAGUAGAGGGGAGCAACCCUCUAGUCACCUACAGACAGCGUUACCUCCUGCACCCGCUCCUCAAGUUUAUCCAGCUCCCCUGUAUCCGGCCCCACCCCAGCCCUACCCUCCUACGUACAACGCUGGGCCUGGCCUUAUCCCCCCACCUGCCAUCAGUUUCCAGCCACAGCCGGUCUAUGCCCCUGUACCACCAGGACUCAACCCUCCCUGGGUUGCUCCCAGUGCCCCUCCUGCUCUUCUUCAGUUACCACCAUCUUUAAUGCAACCCCCUCUAUCUAAAGAGGAUUUCUACAGACAGAGGCACCAUCGACAGGACAAAGUUACAUCCAAACUGGAUGAAUUCACUAAAGACUUCCAUGAAGAACUUAUGAAAUACAGAAAUGCAUCAAAAAGAAGGAGACGGUCCUAUUCCAGGCCUCGAUCGUACAGCCGCUCUCCAUUCAGCCGCUCGAUAAGCCGCUCACCUUAUUCACGAUCUAGGUCAAGAUCCAGGUCUAGAUUACGAUCCAGGUCUUACUCUUUUUCUCCUGGUCGAUCCCGUUCACGGUCUCAUGGCCGAUCUUACCCCCGCUCACCUUAUUCUAGACGUAAUGGACGCAGCUUUGCACGUUCACGGACAAGGUCCCGCUCUCGUUCAAGGUCAUAUGGUUACCGACGCUCAGGCUCACCACGGUCGCCUCUUUCCUACCGUGGUGGGGGUUGGGAUGGAGCAGAAGGUGCCAGGCCCUAUAGGUCGAGGUCACGGUCUCCUGGCGGCUAUCAAAGCCGUAGCCCUGGUGGACGAAAGCCACCUCCUCGGGAAUUGCUGCCGUAUGACGUAAAGGGAGCCAGUCCUGGAGGCCAUGAGCGCUGGGACAGAGACCGAUAUCGACAGUGGGAGAAGGAGUACACAGACUGGUACAACAAGUAUUACAAAGACUACGACAACAAACAUCCUGCCCUGCAUCACAGAGGUCAUGGUAGUAGAGACAGGGAACGGGACAAAAUGUCGACAUCAUCCAGAGAUUAUUCGCCCCAGGGCAAAGGAAGACGAGGGAAAGACGAGCGAGUUGGUCCAYCUCACCAUCCCCCAUCUUCUGCUGCAUCAGGUACGAAGACCAGCUCUAAGAUCUUGAAGUCAAAGAAAAUCAAAAAGAAGAAGCCGGGAGAGGAACCUGAACCAUCACAACGAUCCAUGGAAAUAGGCGAUGCCACUCCUGUUAGGGAUGAACCAGUGAAUGAAGCAUCACAAAAUAAAACAUCCCCUCUCUCUUCAAGGCCUUCAGGGGCCACUGCAGCUCUUAAAGCUCCAGCUUCUAAAGGUGCAGCUGGUAAACCCACAACCAAAUUGACAUCUAAGGCUCAGUUGGAUAAAACAAAGAAUGAAAAGGGUCAAAAGGUGAAAGCUAAAGUGAAGACUGAGGCUGUGAAGUUGAAGAAAAAGACUGGCGAAGCUGUGUUGACCAAAAAGAAAGAUGCCUCAAUUCCCUCUUCUGUUACUAAACCAUUAAAGACUAUUAAAACCAAACCAGAGGAUGCUUCUAACUUAACUACACCUAAGAAGGAGAAGAGCAAAAGCUCCACUGUGCGGCCCGCCUUGGUGAAAACUCCACCAGCUUCCUCCCACAAUCUGCCUCUACCUCAUCAUUCUCUUCACGACGGCCCUCGAUCUAGCCACGAGUUACAGGGUAGAAGAGAUUUCUCAAAAGGUGAUGGUCACCUGCUCCAUCCCAGCAGACCCCUGAUGCCUCCUCGACCGCCAUCCCCAAUGGACAAUUGGAGGAGGAUGGGUGAGGAGGGUCGCUCUCUACUGGGACCCCCUCCUGAAAAAUUUAGGAGAAUGGAUGGACCUGGAGGGGAUGCCCCCUUUUACCUGCACCCCCAUCCACUCCCACUCCCACUCCCACUACCACUCCACAGGUUUCCACACCCUGGGGACAGGCCUAGUCUUCUCUCUUUGCCAAGUAUUCAUGAGCUGGGCCGUGGAGAUAUGAAUCGAGGAUCCAUUAGACCUUCAAUGGACAUUCAGAAGCCACUGAGGAAAAUCAAGUUGAAUAGAGAUCUGGGGCGAAGAGGCAGUAUUGAGAGAGCCCCCUCUGACAGGACAGGUCCUGACAAGACAACCUCUACCUCUGAUCGGUCAGCUGCUGCACCUGAAGGAGACAGAGUCAGGAGUUCAUUAGAGCCAGCUGGCAGGAAGGAGCGAUCAGCAUCUGCCGAAAGGGCUGUCUCCAGAGAAAGACCAGGCAGUGCAGGAGAAAGACGCUAUGGCUCAAACCGUGAGCAGGACAGAAGCUCAGGUCAGGAUAGAGAGCGAGACAGACAUUUUGCUUCUGACAGAGGCAAAGACUUAGGUUCUGACAGAGACAGAAGCAAAGACUUGGGUUCCGACAGAGACAGAAGCAAAGACUUGGGUUCUGACAGAGACAGAAGCAAAGACUUGGGUUCCGACAGAGACAGAAGCAAAGACUUGGGUUCUGACAGAGACAGAAGCAAAGACUUGGGUUCCGACAGAGACAGAAGCAAAGACUUGGGUUCUGACAGAGACAGAAGCAAAGACUUGGGUUCCGACAGAGACAGAAGCAAAGACUUGGGUUCUGACAGAGACAAAAGCAAAGACUUGGGUUCUGACAAAGACAAAAGCAAAGACUUGGGUUCUGACAAAGACAAAAGCAAAGACUUGGGUUCUGACAAAGACAAAAGCAAAGACUUGGGUUCUGACAGAGACAGAAUCAAAGACUUGGGUUCUGACAGAGACAGAAUCAAAGACUUGGGUUCUGACAGAGAGAAGGACAACGCUUCUGAAUCAGGAUCACAGAAGGCAGUAAACAAAGACACAGAGGGAGAGAAGUUGGUAAAAAAUGAACGKAAAAGCUCCACAGGUGGAAGUGGAGGAGGGAGGUCUGUCUCUGUGGAUAAAAUGACUAUCGGAGAAAAAUCUGCCAUUACCAAGAAAAUGGUAGAGCAGGAGAAACCAAGCAUUUCAUCCAAGGAGAAAGGCAUUGGGCCUGAAAGAAUCACUAAAUCUGACAGGAGCRCAUCCAAGGACAGAACGGCAAAGAGUGCCCCCUCAGGAGAAAAACCAGCUGCUGCACAAAAAGAAGGAGCCAAAGAGGGUCAUGAGACGGCCGUGAAGAGAAAACCCAGAAUCAGUCGUAAGGCUUUAACCAGCCAUGCUGCGAGCUCUAAGUCAACUAAAGAGAAAAGGCAAGAUUUAGAAAAAGACCAGAAGAAUUUAUCUUCUAAGCCCGCAGAGCAGCCUUCGUCCAGCCCUGUGAGCAGUCAUAAUCGCAGCCCGAGUGUCAGCCCGGCCAGAGAGGAGCCGCUCAUUCAGGCACCUCCACGCUCCAAGUGGGAGAGGGAAGAUGACGAGGAAGGCUUGGAGGAUGGUCCUGCUGCACCCGCCAAAGAACCCUCACCGGUGGUGCAAAAGAGCCGACGAGAGGGGCAACACGAAGUCCCGAAGGCUAUCAAGAGCGAAGUCAGGGAUGCUUCGAAGGAGGAGAAGAAAGGAGCUGUGAGGGAGAAGUGGAAAGCUCCGAGGGAGGAGGGUAAUGGUGGCAGGACUUCACACACAGAUUUGGACAAACCACCCAAAUCCAAAAUUGUGAGGGAGGAGGGGAGAGGAGCGAAAGAGGAGAGACGAGCUUCAGCCAAAGAAGAGGAGAAAAGAGGAGGAGGACGAGAGGAGGGCAGAGGAGCAGAGAGUCGUAACCUCGAGCCCAGGAGGCAGCGCUUGUGCUCCGACCUGACACGCGAAACAGACGAGGCAGCGUUCGUGCCGGACUACAGCGAAGGCGAGGGCUCUGAGCUGGAGAGAGGGAGGAGCGGCAGCCAGAGUCCCUCACCAGACCAGCAGUCCCUCAGCCCGUCUGCGAGCAACCACAGCGGCUCUGCCGCCACCACCACAGUCGAAAAGAAGAAGAAGAAACACAAGAAGGAUAAAAAACACAAGAAGCACAAGAAACACAGCAGCCAGGACAAAGAAGGAGAGACUCGGCAGCACAAGCACAAGAAACGCAGCAGCCAGGAUAAAGACGGAGAGCCCCGGCAGCACAAGCACAAACACAAGAAGAAGAAACACAAAAAGAACAAAGAAAAAGAGGUGGAGGAAGAUGGGAAGAAGGAGAAAAAAGAGGAAGAGGCUCCAUGUGAAGAGGCUUGAUUGCCAAAUGUUAUGACCUUCUUGGCUGUAAUUUUUUUUUAAGAACUAACUGUGAGCUCCUCUUCUCCAGGAUCUCCUCUAAGSGGGGACAGGUGUUCCUGACCCCUAGCAAGAGCCGCUUCGCUGUUCAUCUUCCUGCUGCCGCUCCAAACAGAGAUGGGCAUUUGUUGUGCCUGAAAUGGCUGCUGGGGUCUCUCAAAGUGCUGAUGGGGAUCACAAAGAACUCUGGAGAGAUGUUGCAAAGCCCCCAAUAUAUUCAGCUAAAAGCCGACCUGAAAAGACUGAUAAAUGAUUACACAGCAAUCAGUCUAAUUGAUAAGAAUAACGAGCAYUGUACUCAGGGAUGUGAUUGCUUCUUGUUGAAGAAGAAUUGAUUUUCCUCUUCCUUUUUGAUUUGUUUGUAAAUAAAAAUGUUUGUUUCGUAUCAUUUUGUCUUGGUUUGAUGACACCGCAGUUUGCUUGCCAGGGCUUAAAUAUUGAAUGACUGUCAUCGCUUAAAUUUCAAUAAUUGGCUCUUUUUCUUUGGAGGACUUUACUAGCAGUUUUGCAUGUUUUAGCACAUUAACUCAAAAUGAUGAUUCUUAGUUAUUUCUAAUAAUUCUCAACUUUAAAAAAGUUUUUUUAAGUGCUUAUUUGUUUUGGAUAGUACUUUUUUUUUCAUUUGUUGGAAAAUAAACCAAAUAUUUUUUGUUUAAACAUCCAUUUUAAGCAAGAUUAUAGCUUUGCUAAAUGAUUAUUUUAUUGUCUGCCUGAAAAAAGAGAAAAAAUGUAACGGAAUGAAAUAUUAAUGGGCUAAAACUUAAGAGUCUAGUAGUGUUCUUGAAGCAGAUGGUUUAAUGUUUUCCACACUGGAUUGUGUAAAUUAAGGAUGUUUAUUUAAUGACAAAUCAGUCUUCAUGUUUUUGUUCCUCUAAGCUGAAGUAACUGUCAUGUCGGUGAGUGAAUGUAGUGGUGUGAAAGUGAAAUAUGUUGGAAAUGUGACUAAAGUGCAGGUGUUGUUACCAACAUGUUCCCCCUUUUUUUUUUACUAAAAAGAAUUGACUUCAUAUUUUGAGUGUUGCAUUUUUCUUUAAGUUUAAAGUAUUUUCGUUUUAAGUCUAAAUAAAAAAAGUUCAUAUUAA